AUGAGAAAGUUGAUAAGCUUAAAGCAUCUUUACAUUGGUGGGAGUUACUCAUUGAAGCACUUACCAAAAGGGAUAGGGAGAUUAACAAGUUUGCAAACACUGGACGUGUGUCCUCUGUUUUCUGUUGACAACGACGAAGCAUUUCAAGUUGGAGAUCUGAGAACCUUGAACCACCUUCAGGGAAAUCUCACAAUAAGAAUACUGGGGAAGUUGAAAGAUGGGAGCCAAGUUGGUGAAGCACAAUUGCGGGACAACAAGCAACUUUUUCAUCUCCAGCUUGAUUUUGCUGAAUUGUGCGAGGUUGGAGAAAGCAUUGUACGAAUAAUGAAUGUCUUACGACCACAUGAUAAUCUUGAAUCCUUAGGGAUUGAUGGGAAUUUUGGCUCCACCUGGCCUAAUUGGAUGUUUUCUUUAAAAAAGUUACGAUUCCUUACUCUGCAGGAUAAUUCGGGUUGUGAAAGUUUGCCUCCUCUUGUGAGAUUGCCGUUCCUCGAAAAACUGUACGUAGGGGAGAUGUCGGGUGUAAGAAAGGUUGGUGGUGAGUUUUUGGGAUUAGAAGAUGAUCAAACAUCUUCUUCAUUCAAGUCAUCCUCAUCAAUAUUAUUCCCAAAACUGAAGCAACUCCACUUUUACAAAAUGUCGUCUUGGAAGCGCUGGGAAGGAGUGAAAGGGUGGAACAAAGGGGAUUCUGGAAUCACAAUCAUGCCAUGCCUUUCUUCAUUGGAAAUAAGUCAGUGCUAUGCUCUGGAAACACUGCCAGACUUCCUCUGCAAAAUACCACUGCAGAACCUUACCAUUUUCUGGUGUCCGAAACUUGAAGAACGUUGCAAGCAUGAGGAGAGGCAGUAA